AGCUCCUCUUUUGCGAGACGUAUGUUGAUCGAAGGGCAAUUUUUCAGUGUGCGCUGUUUUUCGUGUUUAUUCGUCAUGGUCGUUGUGACAGGUCAACGAACAUGCUGUCCCCGCGUCGAUUUGUGUACUAAGGAACAUAAAUAGCCAGUUGACAACUCUACAUAUUAUCUAUCGCGUCAUGGAUUCCGAUCUCGUUGUACGCGUGUGUGCUAGUAGGUCGUACUUAGGCGAACAGAUUCGAGUGCUACGGAGGAACCUGGGAUCAUGACCGAGAAAAGCGAUUUGGGUUUGGUUGCCUGACCGAAGGAGGUGCGGAAGGGGACGCCACUGUGUACCGCGCUGCAUUGACCACAGGAGCGGCCAUAGUACCGUUCUACGGUCUCCUCCUCCUGCUCGUCAGUGAAGAUGUCGGUUUCCGAGACGUUUGGUGUGCAGGUGGAGGUUGAGAUCAAGACCGCCGAGAAACUCAUCGCCGACCACCAAGACCUUUUUCUGGACGCAUCCAAUGAGUCAGUCACAAAACGGCGCUACGAGAUGGAAUUCCUCAAUUCCGUGGGCUUUCUCCGGGAUUUUAUCGAGGAAAAUCGCAAAGCCGGGCAGAGAGUACGAGCCAUACUACCUCGCACCGAAGCGCAUGAACCAUGGCAACCGGCUUUCCAUGGUUCAUGCGCUGUUUUUUUACUUCGUGGUGAGUGAAGUUCGCGAUAGACGUGCAUGUUGACAUAUAGCAUUGUCUAAAACAUAUACAACAGGGGAGAUUGGUUAUCUUGUUUAAGGGGAAUGACCGAAUACCGCGGAUAAAAGCCUUGUGCGAAACAGCAAAGCUUUCCGAGACAAAUAACAAAGACCCAAGAUGGGACGGUACUUCUACGCUUUUAUUUCUAUUGAUCAUGAUUUUUGAUGCCCACGCCUCCCCAGCUCCACAUGGGCUCCCACGCCAGUAUUCUCGCAGUCCGUAGUUUUUACUCGAUUUUGACUGUAUUUCAGGUCCAGUAAAUUUGUUGUCACGUGUGUGCGCAUUGGAAGAACUGUUGGAAAAUGCAACGGACGUCGCAGACACGUGGGUCGACGAACUCGUUCGCUUUGAAAAAGCGCGAUCAACCUCAUCAACUACUGGCUCACAGCCGGUCGCCGUGCCAAAAGAGAGUGCACAGGACGAAACGGAAGGUAAGAGAUGUAGAUGGUGUCUUCGACCAAGUGCUGCGUUCGCUGCGUGUCUUGUCGCAUCAGCACGACCCAGCAGACGAAAUUUAUCAGCCGCGUAUGAUGUACGUAGCUUUUCUAGCGAGGUCAGUGAGACAGGCAGUAGUUUGCCGGUGCUGUUCGGUAGUGCAAUGUCCAAAAAAUGCCACUACAGAUGGUGACGACGACGAAGUCUACGGCAAUGCAGCGCGAGUAUGUGCGGACGAUGUCGACUCCGAGGAUGAGCAAGAAUAUUUUGCAAAGAAGAAGCAGGAGCUCCUGGUACUGUGUCUACUAUGUCUGCGACGAGAUUCUGGAUCCCGUUUUCUGAUUUGAUUUUGGCGGCAGAAAUUUCGCAUGCUUGCGCGUCUCUGCAAUGAAUAAACACAGUAAAGUGCAACUGCAAGAGCCUCGCCCCUCCACAAGCACAUACCGUAAACUUACACCAGUCCUCUUCCUCCGCAGCACCCGGGGUAGAAACGAAGAAGUUUAUGAAGCCGCCGCCAUUGGUGGAGCGUGCCGAGCCAAAGUUUCGCAAGCAAGACACGAUCAACCUGCCAACCUUGAAAGAAACGAAGCUGCUCGAUCUCGCGGACAUUGAGCAAGGUGUGUACACGUCCGAAUCGUUUCAGGGCGUCGAGCGUGUGGAGGCUUCGUAUACAUAGCAUAAUGAUUAAGAUUUUGAUUUGAAGAUACACCAAGAAAAAUGAACGCCCCCCCGUAGUUUCAACAUCAAAUAUGGUAAAUUGAAGGUAUGUUCGCACGUGCUUGCAGUCAACAACGCGGUUUUCUGACCAGAAAGUCCAAUCCUUCGUUCCCGUUGGGCAGAAGCCGGAGCAACCAGUCAAGCUACGGAGCGUGCCGAAAAAGGACGGGGAGACGUUUGGCACUUCAGGCGUCGAGCAGCAAGUCGAAGCAGGGGAGGCAGGCAAGCUGCCGUCUCCGGGAUCUGCCGGAGACGGGGCGGGCGGUCCGGCCCAACUUGCCGCCGCCCCAGGCCGGGAGGAGGAGGGCGCUGGGAGCGGUGCGUCGGGCACUACUAGUACAGGCGUAAGUCAGGGCGGCCCUGCUGCUUCGGCUUCUACCGCAGGGGCUUCCUCAAGCCUCGAAACGGCGGUGGCGUCGUCCUCUUCCGUAGUGAAGCCCUCGAAAGUGCCCGACCUACCGCUAUUCCAGCCAAACGACCUGAUCGUGAUAUGUGGUCUGAAGAGCGAGAAGGCUGCGAGCUUCAACGGACGGGAGGGCAUUAUUUUGGGAUACGUGGCGGAAACCAAGAAGUACGACGCGCUCAUCGAUGGCAAGACCCGAAUUAUGGUGAAGGGCGAAAACAUAAAGGGCCGCGUGGCCAGCGCCGCAAGCAGCGACGAGACCACGUCUCUGAAACUCAUCUUCGAUGCCUGGAUGUUUCCUUUCACGACCCUCACUGAUCCCACGAAGCUCACCUGGAACACGAACCUCCGUGGCACGUUUGCGGACGUCAAUGGAGCGAUUUUAUCACGCGCAUCUUCUUACCAAAAUUCAGCCCAGGGCGCAGGGAAGGUGAUAUAGAUGAGUCCAGCUCGAUAUUGUUUGAUGAAUCUGUCUGCAAGGAAAGUAAGUGACUGAUGUAAAAAUGAAAUACUAGUAAUUAGAUGCUUCUGGUCGCUGCUGCUGUGCCCUGCACUUACUUUUGUCUGAUCGAAAAACUCGACAGAAUUUCGCUCGCGCAAUCAAGGGGCUACUCUCUUUGGAUAAUCCCGACGGCGUCGUUGCGGUGAGCGCGCAGCCUAUCCCGCGGCAUGGGCAGGGGUACUUCGUCGAGGUGGAAGUGGUGGAGGUGACACCGAAGCCCGAGGAAAGUGUCGGGUGUCUGGGCCUUGGCGUGUCUUUUCUGAACCCGGACGUGCCGGGGCAGAUCGAGAAAAUUCCGCGGCGGCUGGAAAAGAUCGAGCAGGGCUGGUUUUUCUCCGGGCCGUACUAUGGACAGACGCGGCGGCUCUACAAGGACGGACAGAAAGACAUCCGCUACAUACUCGACGGGGAGGACUCGGCGCCGAUCAAAUGGAAGCCAGGAGACCGAAUGUCGGUACUGGUCCGCCCGAAGGACAGCACCAAGGCCGACUGGAUUUGGACCAUUUCCAUGUAGAUUUACUAUAUUUUCCCGCUUUCUGAUUUCUGGUUCUGGUACUCCUACCUAGUUCUAGUUGGAAUCACCUUGGAAGGCUUCUGCUUAUUUUCGCUUUUCUUCCUUUCUUGUCUUGGUCUUCCCUUCUUCCCACGUCCGCGGAAAAAAUCUUUACUGGUGCGAAAACAUGCAUUUGAGCACUAUAUAAUCAUCGAACAUCAACAGGUACGCGAAUCGGGACAUUGUGAUGGCAUGCCAUAUGGACUUGCACCCUUGGCUGGCCCAGGGAUCUCCCGUACCCAAAGAACUGGAGAUGUUCGCAUUUUGCGAAGCGUUUGGGUACGUCAGCAAGGUAAGGCUCUGCAACGACGCAACCCCCACGGGGUUGGAGAUUCCAUUCAAGCCGAAGGCGUUGAAAGAAAUCUCGGGUGGCUUCGGUGCCUCAAUUGUCGGGCCGGCUGACGUUCCCGCACCACCAGUGCCGCCUCCACCACCACCACCACCCGCAUGAAGAACGGGUGACCCCGACGGUUUCUCCAUGUGCUACCUUCCUAGAGGAGAAUAUAAGACCCUGUGAAGUUGAUGUUCCGGGCAUUUUCCUUUUUUCGUGUGAACAACUUGUGAAUUAUUAUACAUGGAGACCUGUGUCCGUGUCGCCAGUCGUCAUAUUUUUCGGAAGAAAAUGUCUGGAACCGGCGACGCGCUUCCUCUUCCCGCUCGCAGUUUUCUUAUGCGCACGCAACUGCGUACAGUGACAGCCUCACAGCACCUCAAAAACACUUUUACAGAUAGAGAAAAAGACUAUUACUGAGCCGGAUUCCUCAUACACUACAGGCUUGACUUUUACCAUAACUUUUCAUCUUUCAAUAUACGCUAUAGACAAUCCAGAAGACAAACUAACAUCAACGUCAACCCAAACAAAGAGAAAAAAAACCUGAUCAAUAAUAGGAUAUGAAGAAGCUUCGGUUUCUUGAACAUCUAAAGAAUCCUAGAAUUUUUACCGAAUACACUAUAGCAUCCUGCUCGCCGCGGCGAGGAAAAGCUGCUGCCAAUUUUUACCGAAUUUUGUACGAGAAAGAAUUGCCACGCCAUGGAUAAGUUCUAACUCCAACUACCGUCUUAGAUACAACUGACUACUUUCGAUACUGGUCCCGUUUUGGAAUUUAGUGUUUUAUAUAUGACAUAAUCAUGAAUGCUGCGUCUCGCUCCACGUCCACCUGCACCUUCUACAAAUAAAUCUCACGAAUAUGAUGGUGCCCGAUUCUGCUUCUGUUUCUGCAGUUGAGACGCAGGUCAAAAGUAUUUCGUUGUAAACCGACACUCUCAUCUGGUGACGUGGUUAUUGACUACGCGGUUUCCAGCCUCGUCUCAAAAUGUGUAGACUCUGUUCGAAGAUAUACGACUGAUCAAUAGAAGGAGC